CGGACAGUCUGGUGCUGAAUGGGCGCGAGCGCUGCGCCGGGGGCUGGCAGGGGCGCGGGGCCCUGGACUGGCGGCAGGCCGGCGCCCCCUCCCUAGCAUGCGGACGAAGGCGGCGGGCGGCGCGGAGCGGCGUCCCCUACAGCUGCGAACCGAGGCGGCGGCGGCGGCACCUGCCGGCCGAGCAAUGCCCAGUGAGUAUAACUGUGUGAAACUGAGAAGCGAUUGCUCAAGACCCUCUCUGCAAUGGUACACCCGAGCUCAAAACAAGAUGAGAAGACCCAACUUGUUGUUGAAAGACAUCCUCAAGUGUACAUUGCUUGUGUUUGGAGUGUGGAUCCUUUAUAUCCUCAAGUUAAAUUAUACUACUGAAGAAUGUGACAUGAAAAAAAUGCAUUAUGUAGACCCGGACCGUGUAAAGAGAGCUCAGAAAUAUGCUCAGCAAGUCUUGCAAAAGGAAUGCCGGCCACAGUUUGCAAAGAAGUCCAUGGCACAGUUGUUCCAGCACAGGUACAGCGUGGACUUACCGCCUUUCGUGAAAGAGGCCCCCAAAGUGAAUGAAGCCGAGUACAAGUAUGAUCCUCCUUUUGGAUUCCGGAGGUUCUCCAGCCAAGUCCAGAGCCUCUUGGAAAUACUGCCUGAACAUGACAUGCCUGAACACUUAAAAGCAAAGAGCUGUAGGCGUUGUGUGGUCAUCGGAAGUGGCGGGAUACUCCACGGACUCGCGCUGGGCCAUGCCCUGAACCAGUUUGAUGUGGUGAUAAGGUUAAACAGUGCACCAGUUGAGGGAUAUUCAGAGCAUGUUGGUAAUAAAACUACUAUAAGGAUGACUUACCCAGAGGGCGCGCCACUGUCUGACCUUGACUAUUAUUCCAAUGACUUGUUUGUUGCUGUUUUAUUUAAGAGUGUUGACUUCAACUGGCUUCAAGCAAUGGUGAAAAAUGAAACCCUGCCAUUUUGGGUGCGGCUCUUCUUCUGGAAGCAGGUGGCAGAAAAAAUCCCACUACAGCCAAAGCAUUUCAGGAUUUUGAAUCCAGUUAUUAUCAAAGAGACUGCCUUUGACAUCCUUCAGUACUCAGAACCCCAGUCAAGGUUCUGGGGCCGAGAUAAGAACGUCCCCACCAUCGGUGUCAUUGCUGUCGUUUUAGCCACACAUCUGUGUGAUGAAGUCAGUUUGGCAGGCUUUGGCUAUGACCUCAAUCAACCCAAAACACCUUUGCACUACUUUGACAACCUCUGCAUGGCUGCCAUGAACUUUCAGACCAUGCAUAAUGUGACAACAGAAACCAGGUUCCUCCUCAAGCUGGCCAAAGAGGGCGUCGUGAAGGACCUCAGCGGAGGUAUCCAUUGUGAAUUCUGAACACAAAGAAACCUCAUUUGAAAACGCAGCUCUGACUCUGAAGGCUGUUUUUCCUAGCCUUCUUGAUGCAUUUGAUCCUGCAAAUACUUUGAAGUGCAGCUGGUGUUUUUAACUUUUAAUUUAAAAAACAACAACAACAAAAAACCAUUAAGCUCUCUCCCACUUGGCCCCCCACCUAUUUAUUUGAGGUCAGUGUUUUUGCACAAAAUUUUGUAAGUUAAUUUUGAGAAUUGACUUGGAAAGACUUUUCAAAGAGACUUGUAUGUAAGGAAAUUUUGUUGUAUUUUAAGAACGUUAUUUAAUUUGUAAAAACUCUGUCCAUGUCUACUGCACACAGAAUACUGGGUAAUUGAGUGGAAGGAGAAUGGAGGGCCCUCCUUUGAGGAGAGUCUUGAAUGCCUGACUCUGGUUCUUUGUAACGUUCAGCAGGACAGACAUCUGCCAGGAUGUGCUCGGUAGCUAAACCACUAGUACUGGCCCCACCGUGCUGCUGCACAAGGCCUGGGCCAGUCGGAGAAGUUCACGGUCCCUUUCUUUGUCGGGUCUGCCCUCUGCCAGACGACUUGCAGGAAACAACCAGGGGAGCUGUCCUGGAUGUCUGUGGGCAGGGAGGGACACAGAAGACAUUUUCUCUGUCCCCUGAGGACUCUAAAGCCACCUUGGGCUACAGAAGCCACUGUCUUCCCUGAGAUUAUGACAACUCUGGAAUUUCUGGAGAGUUUUUAUUUUACUGCCCUUUCAAAGCACCUCAGUGUUAACCUAAGGUGUCACACUGUCUGCCUGAGGUGGCUUAUAAAAAUUAGGGUAUAGUCUUUGUUAUCCAGAGUUAUAGAAGAAUAAACCCCUUCCAAAAAUAA